GCGGCGGCGGCGGCGGCGGCGGUGGUCGGUGCGGGAGGAGGGAGGGGAGCUCGCGGGCUGGAGAGGGGGCGACGGCGGUGGCGGCGGCCUGAGGAGGCCUGGACGGCGGCGGCGGCGGCGGCAGAGGCCGAGGCGGAGCCUGGAGAGGUGUGGCUGGACCAAGACCUCUCCCGAUGUGAGCAGGUGUCUUCCCCCCAUCACCCAUUGCCACCACGCCAGGGAACGUCCUCAAGCCCUGGCCCUCAGGGGAGAGGUAACCAGAGCCCGGAGCCGAGACCAUGUGACGGCGCUGGCCCUUGCCACCGCCGUCCCCCCCACCCUGGCCCAAGGCCCGGCACCAUGAUGUUCCGAGACCAGGUGGGCAUCCUUGCUGGCUGGUUCAAGGGCUGGAAUGAGUGUGAACAGACAGUGGCCCUGCUGUCACUUCUGAAGCGAGUCACCCGCACCCAGGCCCGCUUUCUGCAGCUCUGCCUGGAGCACUCACUGGCAGACUGCAAUGACAUUCACCUGCUGGAGUCGGAGGCCAACAGUGCUGCCAUCGUCAGCCAGUGGCAGCAGGAGUCCAAAGAGAAGGUGGUGUCCCUCCUGCUGUCCCACCUGCCCCUGCUCCAGCCGGGCAACACAGAGGCCAAGUCGGAGUACAUGAGGCUGCUGCAGAAGGUGCUGGCCUACUCGAUUGAGAGCAAUGCCUUCAUCGAGGAGAGCCGCCAGCUGCUCUCCUAUGCCCUCAUCCACCCGGCCACCACACUGGAGGACCGCAAUGCUCUGGCCCUCUGGCUAAGCCACUUGGAAGAGCGGCUAGCUAGCGGCUUCCGCACCCGGCCUGAGCCCAGCUACCACUCACGCCAGGGCUCUGAUGAGUGGGGGGGCCCUGCAGAGCUGGGCCCUGGGGAGGCAGGACCAGGCUGGCAGGACAAACCACCCCGGGAAAAUGGACACGUGCCCUUCCACCCACCCAGCUCAGUGCCGCCAGCCAUCAACAGUAUUGGGAGCAACGCAAAUGCAGGUCUCCCCUGCCAAAUCCACCCAAGCCCACUGAAGCGCUCCAUGUCGCUCAUCCCCACGAGCCCCCAGGCCCCUGGCGAGUGGCCGAGUCCAGAGGAGCUUGUGGCCCGGGCUACUUUCACCACGCCAGACCACGCGCCUCUCUCACCCCAAAGCAGCGUGGCCUCCUCUGGCAGUGAGCAGACGGAGGAGCAGGGCUCCAGCCGGAACACUUUCCAGGAGGACGGCAGUGGCAUGAAAGACGUGCCCUCGUGGCUCAAGAGCCUCCGCUUGCACAAGUACGCGGCCCUCUUCUCACAGAUGAGCUAUGAGGAGAUGAUGACACUGACUGAGCAGCACUUGGAAUCUCAGAAUGUCACCAAAGGUGCCCGCCACAAGAUAGCCCUGAGCAUCCAGAAGCUGCGUGAAAGGCAGAGCGUCCUCAAAUCCCUGGAAAAGGAUGUGCUGGAAGGUGGAAAUCUGCGAAACGCUCUGCAGGAGCUGCAACAGAUCAUCAUCACCCCGAUCAAGGCCUACAGUGUCCUCCAGGCCACUGUGGCUGCUGGUGCCACCACCACCCCUCCUGCCAAGGAUGGGGGCCGGGGGGAGCCACCGCUGCCAGGUGCUGAGUCUCCCCUGGCUCACCCCGGCACAGACAAGGGCAGUGAGGCCAAGGACCCUCCAGCUGCAGAGAGCUUCCCUCCUCCACCAGCUCCAGCCUCCACUGAUGGCAGUGAGCCAGCCCCGGCUCCCGUCGCUGACGGAGACAUCCCCAGCCAGUUUACACGGGUGAUGGGCAAAGUGUGCACCCAGCUGCUGGUGUCCCGACCAGACGAGGAGAACAUCACCAGUUACCUCCAGCUCAUCGAAAAGUGCCUGACUCAUGAGGCUUUCACGGAGACGCAGAAGAAACGGCUGCUGUCCUGGAAACAGCAAGUGCUAAAGCUCCUCCGGACCUUCCCACGCAAAGCUGCACUAGAGAUGCAGAACUACCGGCAGCAAAAAGGCUGGGCAUUCGGCUCCAACUCACUCCCCAUAGCUGGCUCUGUGGGGAUGGGGGUGGCCCGGCGGACCCAGCGACAGUUCCCAAUGCCUCCCCGGGCCCUUCCACCUGGCAGGAUGGGCCUUCUGAGCCCCUCGGGCAUUGGGGGCAUCUCCCCCCGACAUGCCCUCACCAGCCCCAGCCUUGGGGGCCAGGGCCGACAGGUGAGCUGGCUGGAAGCAGAGGGCCUGGUACUUUUGGGGUUGGGGGUGAUGGUGCCUGAGAUAAUGUGUGUCCAUCUCUUUGUGUCUGAGCCCAGCUUGGAGGGGAGGGAACUCCUCUGCCAACGCCACCACUCUUGGGUCUUGGCAUCUUCCCCACUCACCCAGUGCUUUCUCUCUCCUCGUGCCCUAUGCAGAACCUGUGGUUCGCCAACCCCGGAGGCAGUAACAGCAUGCCGAGCCAGAGCCGCAGCUCUGUGCAGCGCACCCACUCGCUCCCGGUCCACUCAUCGCCCCAGGCCAUUCUCAUGUUCCCUCCAGACUGUCCGGUCCCUGGGCCUGACCUGGAGAUCAAUCCCACUCUGGAGUCUCUGUGUCUGAGCAUGACAGAACACGCCUUGGGUGGUGAGCAUUUCCUCUUUCCCUGACCCAGCUCCCACCUACCCAGCAGCGUCUCCACCUCUGAACUGAGCAACUCAGAGUCAUCCUGAGGGGUCCCCAGGGGAGGCCGGACUCCAGGGAGGGCCUGACUGGGAUGACAGGCCGGACUGGGAUGAGCCUCCCACCAGCUCCUGAUCUUCCUCCCUUCCUCCCUUUCUUACCACAGAUGGGACAGACAAAACCUCCACCAUCUGACGGGACCCACAGCCCAGCGCACCCAUAGGCUCCCCGGGCGGCGGGCGGGGGCCAACCCCCAACGGGCUUCUUCACGACAGCGAGAGGGUGGGCUGGCUCAGCUAUACAUUCUAAUAUUUUUCUACUCUCUCACCCUUUUAACUUUUGUUUAACAUUGGCACACGCCUUGCUCACCCCCAGGCCUGUCAAGGGAUCUCUGCUGAGACCCAGGGAGGCAGGGGGCAGCCAGGAUAAAGGGGGCAGGGACUGGCCAGCCUGCCUGCCCCUUCCUUCCCUCCUCCAUCCCCUACCUGGCCCUGUCUCACCCCUGCCUCCUCCAGACCGCCGGCCACCUGCCCCUCCCAAGGAAACAGUCUCCCGGAGCCUCACUGACCCACUGUCUUGUGGGGCCUGCUCAGAACCUUCUGACAUUUGGGGAGAGACAAGCGGGACAGAUAACCUGCUCUCCUAAAUGUUAUUUGAGAGGAGCUGAGAAGAAGGUGGGCGAGGAGUAUGUCUGCCUCUCUCUCUUUUCCCAGCACCGCCCCCCCCUCCAAAUGCCACUUCUCCUUCCCCAUUCCUGUCAUUCCUGAGGACAGGAGCUGCCCUUCUCUCACUCACCUCCUUUUGCCCUGUUUAUCAGAGGUUCUAUACAAUUAAUUUCUUAGGCCUAUUUAAGAUACAUAUUUAUAUAGUUCUUAACGGUUUUUCUCUCUGAUCAUUCCCUCUCAUUUUUAGAAUCCCCAGGCCUCUCUCUGAGCUAAGAAAGUGGCAGGGGGAGCCUGAAUUUUACAAGGGGAGAGGGCAGAGCCCCCUCCUCCAGACCCGGUAGCCCUUCCCCACUUCUCCCCAACCCUGGCUCCCCAGAUGCAGAGGCUGAAGGCCAGGAGCCAGGGCAGCCAGUGAGGUCAGGAAGUCUGUUGCCUUAAAGUCUCCUUCCCCCACCAACACAGACCCUUCUCCACUCCCAGGUCUGGUGGCUGAAAGACUUGGGGUUUAGGAAUAAGGGAAAGGGAUUGGGUUUUGGUUUCUUUCCCCACCGCCCUUUUCUUUCAACCUUCCCCUAUCACCCCCCCCCACCGCCCGCCCCACUCUGUCAUGACCUCACUUAAGUGGAACACUAUGUCAUAACCCAGAGAUGUGUUGCAGCCCCAAAGUCAUACAGACCCUCUGAUCCCUGUUCCUACUGAGGGGUUGUGCUGGGGCCCAGGUGGAGGGAGGGGAUUUGGGGGUUCAGGCUGUGGGGAAGCCAGGGUCCCCUAUUCCAAACCCCCUUCCCCCUCAACCCACCCCCCCCCUCACUGGGAGACAUUCUCAAGCUUUUCACACCGAAAAGGAAAAAAUGUUAUUUUUAGAUACAUUUUAUGAAUAACUUUUGUUAUGAAUAUGGCUGGUAACCAUUGUGUAUGUUAUUAAAGAUACAAAAUGUUGGGAAAAAACAAAAAACCAAAAAAAAAAAAAAAAAUUUUAAAGAUCACCACCCUCCCUGCACUCUCACCCCAUUCCCCAGACCUCCUUGCCUCUGCCCUCCUGGUCUGGACCUCCCUCAGCUCUGAGCCCAGAGAGUGGGAGGAAGCCAGGGGGCAGGGUGGCCCAGGGGACCUGCUCUGGGUCCCCACCUCCUCUCCCAGUGCCGGGCUGGGUGGGGUGUCAGGUUUAUUUAUGUACCUCUUGCACACUCAUCAACCUAUGCAAGUCCCCCACCCCGGCCCCUCCAUGUUUCUGUGCCUUUGCUCAUUCCCCUCCAACUCCCAGGGCUUCCCCAGUCCUCCUCCCAGCCCAGGGAAGUGGGAUGGACAGGGGCCACCUCGUUUGGAAUCAGCAGGGUGUCCCUCUUAAGAGACCCUCACCUCCUCCCAGCAGUCCUGUCCUGUUCACUACCCAUCAGAGUGAGCUGGGUCUGCCAGGCACUGGGAGGUGGUGAGGGGCACCCCCAAACACAGCGGGAGGCAAGAGCUGCUGCCCUCCCCACCACCUGACAGAGUGUGCAGGACGCAGGCGCCCCACUCUGAUGGGCAGGAUCCUGACCCACUCCCAUCCCUCCCCAGCCCCUGGCCCCUCUGCCAUGAUUUCACCCUCCCUUUUAUCCCUAGCCCCACUGGCAGAAUCAGCUUUGAGUAACUGUACAGUUUUUCUCGCUGUUGGAGAAAACUUAUUUGUUGGAGUUUCACUUGUUUAAUGGUCUGGGCUUAUUUUGGAAAAAAAGAAAAAACAAACAAACAAAAAGGA